CGUUGCACGUGGACACCCUCACCACCGCUGUGCCUGCUGUCUGCUUCAGUUUAGACUGUUUAGUUUAAUUUAAACCUGAUUUCGGGAUGGAUCCUGAUACAAAUACAGCCCCGGACACUGGCGCUGCCGCGGAGACAAUAGAUGACACGGACUCUUUCACAAAAGUGAAGUCGAAAAAGACUCAGAAACGAAAACGUGAACACGAUGGAGCGGACAUGGACAUGGAGGAGCCCACGGCCAGCAAGCGGCCGCAGUUUCCUCCAAUUUCAGGCGACAAACUGAAGGGACCAGACGAGAUGCGAAAAAUCGCCGUCCCAGCUCACAGAUACACCCCGCUGAAAGAAAACUGGCUGAAGAUCUUCACUCCCAUCGUAGAGAACCUGCAGCUUCAAGUCAGAUUCAACCUCAAAACUCGUAAUGUUGAAAUCAAAACAUGCAAAGAGACACAGGACAUCGCCGCGCUCACAAAAGCAGCAGAUUUUGUUAAAGCGUUUGUUCUGGGAUUCCAGGUUGAAGAUGCCCUAGCACUCCUCAGAUUAGAUGAGCUUUUCCUAGAAAGCUUUGAUGUCACAGACGUGAAACCUCUGAAGGGAGACCACUUAUCCAGAGCCAUCGGAAGAAUAGCGGGGAAGGGAGGAAAAACCAAAUUCACCAUUGAAAACGUCACAAAGACUCGCAUUGUGUUAGCAGAAACAAAAGUUCACCUAUUAGGAUCAUUCCAGAAUAUUAAGAUGGCCCGGACGGCGAUAUGUAACUUGAUCUUAGGAAGUCCACCCUCAAAGGUCUACGGCAACAUCAGGGUGGUGGCCAGCAGAACUGCUGAGAGAUUCUGAAGUCUGAUUGGUUGCUGUGUGUAUUUAUCUCUUCACCCAUUGGCUGCUGGAUUCCCCGCUUUGAUCCGUGAUGACGAGUUCAGACUGUUUACUGCCUUUUGAACCAACACCUACGGUUCUUCUGUAACGGCCUCAUGUUUCCAACGGUUACCUGGUUUUUUUGAUCAGUUGCCGUCAAAUAUGAGGAAAAAAAAUGAUGAUAUGUGCAUAAACAGUGCAGAUAUCUGAAAAUAUGAGUUUGUGUAAAUAAAACCAAAAGAACAAUCAA